CCCUUUUUUUUUUUUUUUUUUUUUUUUUUUUUUUUUCCUGCCCUUUUAUGCUUUCUUGUCCUGUUUAGAGAUGGUUCUUUUUAUUUUUUAUUUGUCAUGUGCAUGUUUCUUAGGAUAUUAGAGAAAACAUGCUGAAGACUCACUGUGAGGCAUGGCUAUUUUUAUUAGAAGCUGAUACUUUAGACUGAGCUUCCCUCUGGAAGGCCUGAGGUUGCUUGGGGAAGGCAGGAGUCUCCAGAGGAAAGAGAAAGUUCAGAGGGGCACAAAAGAAGAAGGAACAAAAUUAGAAAAAGCAGAGGACCUCCCUCCAGCUCAUUCUGCAGCUCCUGUAAAAGCCAGCAACCCAGAAGUAUUAUCUAUUCUGCCAGAGUACAUAUUGACCUUUUUAAGAGUAACUCUUACCAUCAUCAUCAUCAUGGCCGAGAUUGCAACAGAAGGACGUAUGUCUACGACCACGACAAUAAUAGAUGGUAAGAACGGAUCUGUUCCCUCAUCAUCCAUGAAAGUGGGCAAGAAAUCAGUUGCGGAAGACCUAGUGACAACAUUCAGCUCACCAGCAGCAUGGCUUCUUGUUCUCGCUCUGAUUGUUACCUGGUCAGCAGUAGCUAUUGUAAUGUUUGACUUGGUGGAUUACAAAGCCUUUGCAGCCACCUAUUCACAACAUUGCGAUGAUCCCUGUUUACCACCUGGAAGAUCUGUUAACAAGCUCAGCACAGAACCACUGAGAAUCAUUCAUGAGACACUGGAAGAAACCACUGACUGGCUUUAUGGCUUUAUUUCUUUACUGUCUGACAUCAUAUGGAGUGAUGAUGAUGACACCGAUGAAGGUGAAGUGGAAUCUUCCCUGAAAAAAGUAAGUCACAGAGACAAACCUGAAAAACAAGAAAAAAUUGAAAGGAAGGAGCCCAUGAAAGUGAUACAUAAAGACAAAACGGAAAGGCAAGAAAAACCUCAAAAAAGGGAGAAGCAUACAGCUAUUCACAAAGACAAAUCUGAAAAACCAGAAAAACACGAAAAGAAAACACCUUCUAAAGUAAUUCAAAAAGACAAACCUGAAAGACAUGAAAAAGCUGAAAAGAAAACUCCUCCCAAAGAGGAGAAGAAAGUAAAGAGCACCAAAGUGGAAGCAAAAGUUAAAAAGGAAGUGAAGGAAGGAAAAGGAGAAGCAAAGAUGCCUGAGAAGGUCAAGCAGACAGAGACUAAAACAACAGAAUUUGGGUUAAUAAAGGCCAAACCGAAAGUUAAGGAGGAGAAAGCACUUCAGACUGUAACUAAAUCGGAAAAGAAAGAUCAAUAUGCAUUCUGUCGCUAUGUGAUUGACAUGUUUGCGCAAGGCGAUUUUUAUCCAGGACAUAAGGAAAUGGUAUCACCUCGUCUUCUUCUCGAACAUAGUCCAAGAAAGAAAACAGCAGCAAUUGAAGAAGAGAAGUCUACUGUGGUAGCUAAGGAAGUGAAAAUUGAACUCUUUCCUUCUUUAGAAAGAAAGGAUGAAAAGAAAAGGACUGAUAUAAAGAGGUCUAUUACUGAAACUAAGAAGAAAGAAAAAGAAGGAAAAAAAGAGAAAGCUCAUGAGAAGACAGCUGUCCCUGAAAUUAAAAAAGCAGAUAAAAAAGAAGCUGCUGUGUCCAAAGAACUCAAAAAGCCAGCAAAAGACCCUGCAGCUAAUCCAUCCACCAAAAAAGCAGUAACACCAGAAACACAUGGGAAAGAAAAAAUGGUGGAUACUGCAUCUGUGGAAACUCUGAAGUCAAAAGCAGUACCUGAAAAGAAGGAAGAGAAAGCAAUGAAGGCAGGAGAGCAAGAUAAACCAAAGAUGAAACAAGCAAAUCCUGGAAAAGACAAAGAAUUGAAAUCUCCAGCUGCUACAAAAGAUAAAGAACACACUAAAGAAAAGGAAGGAAAGAAUCCUACAGCUUUAAAAGAUAAAGAGUCUCUGAAAGGAAAAAAUCCCAAGAAUCCAGAGGGGUCAAAGGAAAAAGAGACUGGUAAAAGAAAAGAUGUGAGGCCUCCAGCAGUCUUAAAGGAAAAGGGAAAAGAAAUGGUUUCAGCUACAACUAAGGAGAAAGCUGCGGUGAAAAAGGAAGGGGAGAAGAAAGGUACUUCAGAGAAAACUCAUGAACACAAACCUGCACAUAUUAAACACAAAAAAACUAUCUCUCAGAUGAAGCCAGAGGAGAAAAUUAAACAACCAAAGACAGCUCCCACUGAGAAGUCAGCCCAGGCAAAACAAGCAAAGCAUGAAGCAAUCAGGCAUGAAAAAGAUGUUGCAACUACAAAACCAGUCAAACUGAAAACAACUGCAAAGACAACAGGUGAAAUUCCAAUAACAGCCACGAAAAAAACAAAGACACCUAAGGAAAAAGAAGAAAAAACAACUGAGAAGAGACAUCUGAAAGAUGAAAAACACAAAGGUGUUCCGCCAGUAAAAGAAGUUCCACGACAUCACAACCUGACAGCAGGAAUAUGCAGAAAUAAUUUCCAUUUAAAAAGAGAAAGCUCCUGUCCGCUACUUUCAAUGUGUCUUCAUAAAUGGACCUAAUGGAUUUGGACUGCAGUUUCCCACUAAUCCCCCUUCAGAAGAAAAGACUCACUCAAAGACUUCUAAGAAAAAGACAAGAAAACCAGGACAGUAGAGAGACUGAGUCCAGUAAUCACUCACAUUUGCACUUUAUCUUUUCUGCUGAGGUCCACAGUACUUAGGGUGGUACUUGUCAUUGCAUGAAUGUGAUCCACUUGGACACAUGCACCUGGAAAAGUUUCCAUGGAGCAGAGGCAAAAGAAACAGUAAUGGGCUGUGUAGACAAAGGUAGAAAUGUAAAAGUGCCCUAUUUCUUGCAGAAAGCCUGCAAUGCUAGCAAUGAGUUGGCCUGUUUGUGUGUGAGCAAGUGUGUGCGUGUGAUUUCCUGCCUCUUUUGCUCCUGUUUUUCUUUACCUGCUCAGCAUUAAAGUGAGUCCGUUUUCCGUUUAAUCUAGGGAGUGAGAGGUUGAAUGUAGCUGUUAUAUCAGCAAGAUUGCAAGACUACCUGCAAUCCUAAAUCACUUCUUAAUGUUCAGUCAAAUUGCUGACAGGAAAAAGCCUCACUAAGUCAUGAAAAUGUGCUCUACAAUUGGUGCUAUUUUUAUGUCUCAUUGACCAGUGUAGACUGAAGCUCACACAUGCUCUCAGCAGCUCAAUAUACUAUCAGUAAGUUGACUCAUCAAGUCAUGUUAAUGAUGAAUAUUUGUUUAACCUGAAGCAGUUAAAAGCAUAGUGUAUUUGCCCUGUCUGCUGGUGAAGUACAAGUAGGUCACUUUCUAAAGCCCAAACUGAGCAAAGAAAGUGAAACAACAUGGCAAAGAUGAGGAAAAACAGCAUGUACAAAGGUCCCAUGAAA